AUGCAGAAGAGAGUCCCUUCAGUCCAGGAGCUUCCCAAGAGGCUGUGGCCAGGCCCAGAAGAGAAUCCCAGGAGUUCAAGAGGCAGACAGCAGCCCCUGCUAAAGAGCAUGACUGCCGUCCAGACCCUGGCCAGCAUCAUCCGGUCUUGCUACGGCCCCCAUGGUCGGCAGAAGCUCCUGGUGGCUGCUAAUGGAGAAACAGUGUGCACAGGCCAUGCUGCUGCCAUACUCAGAGCCCUGCAGCUGGAGCACCCCGCAGCCCAGUUUGUCAGGGAAGCUGCCCAAACACAGGUAGAGAACAGUGGGGAUGGCACAGCCUUUGUGGUUCUCCUCACAGAAGCCUUGCUGGAGCAGGCAGAGCACCUUCUGCAGGCUGGCCUGCCUCACACCCAGCUCCAGGAGGCCUAUGGCAUGGCUAUGGCAGAAGUCCUGACCACACUGCCUGCCCUGGCCAUCCGCUCUCUGGGGCCUUUGGAAGAUCCAUCCUGGGCCCUACAUUCUGUGGUGAAUACCCACUCCCUGUUCCACACAAACCACUUGACCAAGCUGGUGGCCCACGUGUGCUGGGCGAGCAAGGGGCCAGAUGGCAGCUUCAAGCCUGAGCGUAUCGGGGUGUGCUUGCUGCGUGGAGGGACACUGGAAGAUUCCUGCAUCCUCCCUGGGUUAGCAAUGUCUGGGAAAACCUGUGGGCAGAUGACCGAAGUGUUAACUGGUGCCAGGGUGGCUUUGUUCCAUUGUUCCUUUGGUCCUACGAGUCUAAAUGCCCCAGCAGUUGCCCGUUUCUCUAGCCCCACUGACCUGGCUAACUUUAGGAAAGGAAGUGAUGAAGCACUGGAAAGGCAGGUUGCCCAGCUGACCACUGCAGGUAUUAAUGUGGUGGCGGUAUGGGGGAAAGUUGAUAUAAAGGCCCUCAUCCUGGCUGACAAGCAUGGCAUUAUGGUGAUUGAAGCCCAGUCCCGGAAGGAGAUGGUGUACCUGAGUGAGGUGUUGGGCAUCCCUUUACUAAGUUAUCUGCUCCCUCCCCGGGAGCCAGGGAAGUGCAAGAAGGUUUACAAACAGGAAGUAGGAGACAGUAACGCUGUGGUAUUUGAGUGGGAACAUGCAGAUGCACCUGUCCUCACCUUGGUCCUCAGGGGACCCACCACCGAAGGCCUGCGGGGUGCACAGCAGGCUGUCUACCAAGGCAUUGAUGCCUAUUUCCAGCUGUGUCAAGAUCCCAGAUUGCUUCCAGGGGCUGGUGCCACAGAGAUGGCUCUGGCGAGAAUGCUCUCAGAUAAAGGGAGCAAAAUGGAAGGGCCGAAUGGUCCUGCGUUCCUAGCAUUUGCCCGGGCCCUGAGAUGUUGUCCUAAAAUCUUGGCAGAGAAUGCUGGUUUAGUCGUCUCACGUGUGAUGGCACAGAUGAAUGGAAUUCACCAAACUGGGAACUUCGUAAUUGGGGUGGGAGCUGAAGGCAUAAUAAAUGUAGCCCAGGAAGGGGUGUGGGACACCCUAAUGACGAAAGCUCAAGGAUUUCGGGCAGUGGCUGAGGUGGUGAUGCAGCUGAUGACUGUGGAUGAGAUUGUAGUGGCCAGGAAGACCCCAAGUCCUGCCUCUGUGGAGUCAAAGGGACACCUCUCUUCUGAGAAAAAAAAAUACCUCAGAAAAUAUUAG